UUUUAGAUUACAAACGGGAAAUUGACAGCCUCGAAGGGUUUGGGGCUGUCAAUUUCCCGUUUGUAAUCUAAAAUGACUGAAAAUUGCAAACUUCGCAAGGCUAUAUUUUCCGCAUUUUACAACAUCUCGCAACGAAACUUUGGAAUAUUACUAAUUUUGUGAUGCUCUUUCAAGCUGUGAUAAAUUUUUGUUGAGAUCAAAAUUUAGUCUAUUACGCAAAUGUCAAUUCUGCUUUUAAUUGCACAGGAAUUAUGGUUAAGAGAAAGGAUGAAACGAGAAUGUGAGUUAGCAGUCACGAAUUGGUCACAUUUCAAACUCUAGAUUAACAAAAUAAAGUUUUGAUGAGUGUUCCAACUAUGUUUCAACUUAAACAGAAUACAUGAUAGUGUUGAGAAAGCAUUAAGAACAGCUAACCAAGAUCACGUGACUGCCUCAUGCACUCUCCUCGUUUGAUUCGGGUUUUAUAGUAAUUUUUUCUAAUGAAAAUACCCGCAGAUUAAUAGUUUAAACAAAUGAAAGUGCCUGUAUGUAUAAAGGAAACAUUUGGCAUCAUUCGUUCUGUAAAUGACUAUAUAGUAUGCGAAAUACUUUAAACUGAAAAUCAAUUAUAUAUUGUUUCUGUAGUUUCUCUUUUCACUACGUGGGCGUGCGUAUGAGGAAUUUUCUUGCACGUGCGUAUGAGGAAUUUUCUUGUUGUUUUAAAAAAGUCACUUGUAACUUGUGUCUCAGUUCAUAAAACAUCAAGCCACCAUAUUCAGCGUGCGAAGAAACCGCUUUGGCUUGCUUUUGUUAUUUUUGACGUUUAUGUUGCCAACAACAACAUAUAUAUACAUAUAAAUUGCAAGUUACUUCCUUGACAUAUAAAUUGCAAGUUACUUCCUUGACUUGUCAGUGAACGCGGGGGCAUAACGGCUAUACACGGAAAGUUGUCAAAUAUAGAAAUCAUUUUCAAAUUAAAGAUUAAAAUUGCUCAGUAUAGGUGGGUUUUACCGUAAGCACACGAAACACCAGGUCUAUUUGAUUAAUUUACCUGCUUUAGAUUAAUUUGCCUGCUUCUAGUGUAAAACCUCUACACCAUAGGUUAACAAUUAGGGAGUGUUCCAACCAUGAUGUUUUAGUCUUAAAUAGAAUAUAUGAUAGUGUUAGGACUGUUAGGAAUGCAUUAAAAACAGCUAACCAAGGUCUCCUCUGGCUCAAUGCACGCUCGUUUCAUCCGCGGCCAUAAUUAAGUGCAUUUCUGAAAUUGACCAUGUUUAAUUUGCGUUAUAAUGGUUUUCAAGGGUUUUAAGAUUGCGUCUAUUAUUGAGAAGAACUUCAUUAAACGUGAGCUUUUAUUGUUUGGGCUUCAGCCCUGUGCAAUCAUGCAAAGCAAUUACGUAAACAUGGUAUUUCAAAAAGCCCCAAUUUAAUUAUAAUACAAUACGUAAUAAAAUUUGAAUAAAACCAAAGGCAAAGCGAAAUUCAGACGAACCUUGUUUGUGAUUGUUUCAACACAGUCUUGUAUUUUUCGUUAGUUUUACAGCUAUGGAACCGAUCAGUUCAUCCGAAGAUUCCGACGAGCUUCCUGUAUUCCCCUCAUGGAACGCCGAGCGAAAACGGCCUUCCAUGACAAGCCUUGGAUCGGAUGAAAGAUCUCCAGAUGAUGCCGAGUAUGCGAAUUGUCAAAUGGAGCAGCUUCCGUGAGUAUUCAGUUAAAUAAACGAUAAUAUAAAGCCUCAUUUGUACUGUCGAAGUUUCCGUGAUUAAAGUGUUUAACACUGAGCCAAUGGACCAUUUGCAUUAUAGACUAAAUUUUGAUCUAGACAAAUAUUUCAUCACAGCUUGAAAGAGCUUCACAAAAUUAGUAAUAUUCCAAAGUUUCGUUGCGAAAUGUUGUAAAAUGCGGAUAAUAUAGCCUUGCGAAAUUUGCAAUUUUCAGUCAUUUUGUAUUACAAACGGGAAAUUGAUGCCCAACACCCGAUUGGGCUGUCAAUUUCCCGUGCGUAAUACAAAAAUGACUAAAAAACGGCAAACUUCGCAAGGCUAUAUUAUCCGCAUUUUACAACAUUUCGCAACGAAACUUUGGAAUAUUACUAAUUUUGUGAUGCUCUUUCAAGCUGUGAUGAAAUUUUUGUCUAGAUCAAAAUUUAGUCUAUAAUGCAAAUGGUCUAUUCCCUCAAACAUUUCUUAUACAAAUCAUUCAAAACCUUGUACCCAUACAAAAUUCCUACUGUGAUCACUGAAACUUUGAUAGUACCGAACCAGCCUUAUAAUCGUGAACUGUUUGUCAGUGUAGGCAGUGUCAAUAAUAUGAACAAGCUUUCGUUGAUAGGAAUGCAACUACCUGAAGAAUAUAACUGGGAGAAUUUCUCCUUAUAUUUUUCCGGUAGUUGCAUCCCUCAGACCAACGAGAACUACCUGAUCAUAAACCAGUCUUAAGUUUUCUUUAUAUACAAUCGUUUAUUUGAAGGUGUUUUGGUUCGUCGUUGUCGAACAGAGUGUUAAUUCAGACUGGGUCCAAAAAAUGUCUUAACGUUCUAUGUUUGCCACGUAUUUUCUGCACAUAAAUAGUUUUGAGUGUCACAACUAUUUACAAGUGUCUAUACAAGAGCAAUCAAAUCACGGAAUUGAACUCUCGUCGACUUAAUUUAAUUAAAACGCUCUUAAGCCCCAAUCAAGCGAUAGUUGAUGAGAGUCUGACAGUCAUGGAUUUGUUACUGGGGAUAUUUCUUGCUCUAGAUUAGCAAAAUAAAGAUUUGAAGAGGGUUUUAACUUUAAUAACAGACAUGAUACACUUGAGAAAGCAUUAAGAACAGAUUCACUCUCAUUCUAGUUUGAUCCGGGCUUAAAACACAAAUAUAAAUUGUGGUAACGAAGAGAUUAACUUUAUUAACACAGCUUUAAGAAGCUUAUUAGACAUGCAUGCAUGUAUGCAGCCUUUAUGAUUGAAUUCUAUACAAUAGUCAAUACUGAAUUCUAUAUAAUUUAAUACUGAAUUCUACUGAAUUAAGAAUGAAUUCUCGUGGACGCGUGGGUUGGAUCAGUGUAGAAUGUCUAUGUUUUGCCUUGUAGACAAAGCAAGAACGACCUCUAAAACGUCCAUGCGAAUAUAUAACUAUUCAUUAAUUCAUUUUUUCCCUAAAAUAUUAGGAAUCCCAUUGUCUUGAUAGCGAUCCUCGUGACAUUAAAUAAAUCGUGACUUUUCAAUCAGGGUUCGUACCAAACUUAAUUGAAAGUCCUUGAAUGUCCUUGAAUUUGAAAACAAAAAUUCAAGCCCUUGAAUUUGUAAAGAAGUACUUGAAAGUCCUUAAAUUCUUCUUGCUGUAGUUUAUGGAUAUUUUCUGAAAUUGUUUGACAUUGAAUACGAAAAUUUUGGUUUUUGUUGAAUUGAUUUUGCAUGUUGAUUAGAUAUCUGACAAAGUUGCGUUUUGAACAAUUCAACGUCAUAUUUUACUUAUUUCUAAUGUCUUCUCUUCAGUAUUUAGUGCUUGAAUUUGCUGAUACAUGGCCUUGAAUGACCUUAAAAAUUCUUGAAUUUAAAUCUUAGUCACAUGUACGAACCCUGAAUUCAAUUGAAAUAAGUUCAUUAUCAAGACUGAGUAUAUCAUACGUGUCGAUUCCCUCCGGUAGAUGCAAAGCAAUGAAAACAACUUACGGUACUGUUUCGUCGCCGUUAUUUUCUGAUGUUCAUUUCAAUUAUACUAACCCUGUAAACGUUACGCUUUACCAAAUGCAAUUCAUAUGAAUCGAGAAAUUUAAUCAUGCAAAGCUGUUUGCACGCUUUCCAUGCGAUAAUGAGAUAAUAAUGGCCUGUAUACACUGAUGGUUUUAGAUAGUCACUUAACUAGAUGGCGGCUUAGUUCUUUGCAUACACACCCUUUCGCAAAGUAUGUCAUUUAACAAAGAGAUAAGAUUUUACCGUUAUCUGUUCAGUUAUUACGUCUCAAUUUCAAAAACGAGGCUCUAUAUACUGCCUCGUCCCCAGUCGCUUUCAAAGGGGGGAGAGGAAAAGGGGAAAAAGUCUUUGAUAUCACAGCCACUGAUCUAUAUAGAUUGCAAUUGCACUGCACUGUGCCCAACGAAGGGCCUGCGAGGAGGCAGCUCUAUAUAUACUCACUUGGAUUACAAACCCUAACAUUCUAAUAUUAAUUCCACCAAGUGAAGUGCAAGAAUCCAAAUCAUUGAAGUCCACCUUAUCACAACCCGCACACCCGACUGAUUACCUAUAUAUACAUGAACUUACGGUUACAGCUCAACAGCUGGCCUCUGUAGCUCAGUUGGUUAGAGCACUGCACCGGAAUCGCAGGGCCGUAGGUUCAAUUCCUACCAGAGGAGCUUGUGCUGCAUUUUUCGCAGUCGUUCCUGGUUAGGUCUUAAAAAAAUGUAUAUAUACUCACUUGGAUUACAAACCCUAACAUUCUAAUAUUAAUUCCACUAAGUGAAGUGCAAGAAUCCAAAUCAUUGAAGUCCACUCUAUCACCAAGGUACUUUCCGGAACGUUGUAUUCGUUAGUGGGAGUUUUUAUUAUUUAGUUUGAAAUAUCUAUUUGAUGCUUUUUCAAACAGAUGUUUCCACGCGGCGACUACAAGAGAGAAAGCGACAAAACUUCUCGAACACACUGCAGCAGGGACUUAUUUGAUAAGGUCCAGCAAUACUGAGACCGGCAAUUACAGUGUGUCGAUCAGAGAAGCCAGUGACGUCAAGCAUUUUCGGAUCGACUUUGAUGGUGAACGCUAUGGUUUUGGUCAAGCUUUGUUCUGGAGUCCGUUUCAGAUUUGGGGACAUCUUCAAGAACGACCUGUACUUGAGUGUGAAGAAGGUAUGCCUCUUGUAUUUACCAUAACAGCCAUAACAUAAUAUAAAAUAACAGACCAUACCAUACCAUUCCAUGUCGUGACAUCGCAUAGUGCACCACUUCAUGACAAUUCCAUACCAUACCAUAACCACACUAUGCUUUACCACACAAUAAAAUAUUGCAUCAUACCGUACGGACCAUUAUAACAUACAAUAUAAUACCAUACCAUUUCUUACCAUAUCAUAUACCAUACCAUAUAUACCAUACUUUACCAUACCAUACCACACCACACACGUCAUACAAUAUGCUAUACCACAUCACACUACAACCAUAUCAUAUAAUGCCUUACCAUACGAUACCAUAUGUAUUAUAUUAUAACAUAUCUUACCAUACAAUACCUUACCGUACUAUACCAUACUAUUCCCCACUAUUCCAUACCAUGCAAUAUUAAUACCAUAUCAUAUUAACAUCAGUACUUUACCAAAACCAUACAAUGCCUUGCCAAACUAUGCCAUACCACAUUAUAUCGUGUCGUGUCACACCACACCAUGACAACAUACCAUACCAUGCUGUACGCCUGUACCAUACAUACAAUUUCACUUCAAAUCUUCUAAGACAAUUGAACAUUCUGAGCAACUACUACUGUUAUGCUGAAUGUUAUGUUAAACGUUUUGCGAAGGGCCAUUAUAAUUGAAAAGUUCUAUAUUUCUGAAAUGUUGUAUUUUGUAGGUAUCAAAGUGCAUUUGUUAUAUCCAUACCUGAACGAGUGUAAUACGGAAUUCUCCCUAUACAGUACUGCAAGAAGACACUAUAUACCUGAUCAGGAUCAAAUAAUAUCACAGACACCGAAGAAGCGAACAUUGGGAAGAAAACGCAGUAGUAAUACUAUUGAUGCAAGUGAUGCAAGACGUGCAAGCACAAUUGUAAGUCAUUAAAUAGAAAUAAAAUACGUCAAGUACUUGAAAAAGUACUGAUGAACAGCAGUGUUUUAUUAGAUAUAAAGAUAUGAGGCGAAACCGAGUAUCUGUAGGUCUGACAAAACACGCACUGCGAAUGUUUUAAAUUGCUUAAAAUACGACUGCAAAAAAAAUACUAAUUAUAGGAUGAACAAUUAUAUAAUGCAUGCAUGCAUGUGAUUUAUCAGAUACAAAGUCACUCCACGUGACAUAUUAUGGCUGACAUGAGAUUUAUCAAUGCCACAAGGUUUAUGAAUUAUUAAUGAGUGUUUUAACGCUGUAGAGAUUGCCACAACAUGACUGACAUUAAUAAGCUUGUUAAAUACACGUCUAUUUUAGAUCACCUCCAUGGAAGGACAGUUGUUUAAAAAGAAAGAGGGCAAGGUACCGGAAAAUAUUACUUAUGCUUUCAGCGUAGCCUGCGAAUGGAGUAAUCUAGCUUUGCUUGACUACAUACUCGCCUACACACACAGAUACGCACAAGUUGUAACAAACCUGCAGCAGACUUGUAACAAUGUUGUCCAUGCAACAACUUAUCAACAGGAUGUGUUCGCACUGCUUGUUCCCAGCUUGUUGUCAACGACUUGUUGAUACAUCUCAACAUACUUGUUACAAGUUAUUCCAACAACUUGAUAUCGUCCUGCAAUUCAACAAUCUGUCAGCAAGUCAGCAAGUUGUGAGUGACAACCUUGUUGCAACUUGUUGACAAGCUUGCUACAAGCCUGUUGCGAACACAUCUUGUUGACAAGUUGUCAGAUUUUUACGUGUGUAUAAGAUUUCUUAAAUCUAAAAACACAAAUAAAUUUUAAACUAUAAUCAUUUUACUUUUUAUUUAGACAUGGAAACGUCGUUGGUGUAUCCUUAAAGAGAACCGUUUAUCAUAUAAAAAGAAUGGACAUGUGAGUGUUAAUGGCUGUGUUGUACUUAGUGCCAUCCAAUCAGGAUCCAGUGAUCCGAAUCAGUUUCGUUGUCAUUUCAUUGUUUUGAAAAUUCAAUUAUUCUCCAAGUCAUGUAUUAUUUAGUAACGUCACAUACUUGUUAUACGGGAGUGGAAAAAAGAAACUAAAUAAAUAUGAACUCUUUAUAAAAUAGCCUAAACCCUCGCUUGGAUGAGAGUUGUCAGUCACAUUGUUACAGGGGGCAUUUCAAGCUCUAGAUUAACAAAAUAAAAGUUUGAUGAGUGUUCCAACUAUGUUUUAACUUCAAUACAAUGUAGUGUUGGGAAAGCAUUAAGAACAGCUGUUAUAAAAUAACAUGUAUAUAUCGCGUGCUCUGAUUGGUCGAAACCCGUGUUUGGAUCAGGCCAUCCAAACACGGAAAUUCAGUAGACUAUUUCGUGUUGUUGUUAUUUUAUAAAACAAUCACUUUAUGGUUUCCGUGUUUGGAUAGCAUGAUCCAAACACUUGAGAAUGUUACUCGAGUUAAGAAAAGCGGGCAAAAUCACUAGCCUUCGGCUCGUGUUUCGCGCGCUUUUCUUAAAACUCUCGCAACAUUCCCGCGUGUUUGGAUCAGGCCAUCCAAACACGGAAACCAUAAAGUAAUUGUAUAACCAAAGUCGCGUGAUGCCAACUCUCACGCACUCUCGUUCUCAUUUCAUCCGGGUUUUAGGCUCAAAUGCGUUUUUUAUUCCCAGGAACGUAGACCACUGAACGAGUUAGACUUAAGUACAGCAUUGGAGAUCAAGGACGAUUUCGAUGAAGCAGAAAAGAAAAAUUGUUUCAGGUUAUUAUUUAAUUAUUAUUUAACUCCAAUGGUUAUCUCCGCGUACUUGAACUGAUGCCAAACAAGGUCUACUUAGACCUUAGUACAGGUUUCUGAAAGGUUUCAUUCAGCAACCUUGAAACUACGAUUAGAACAUAGGCAGCCCAAUAGCUAUAGACGUGUUAAAUAUUUGACUAAAAGACUAUUGAUAUGAAUAAUUCUGGUUACGCUUCCAGGGCUUUCAGAAUUAUUCUGAGUAGGUGUCUGUUUUGAUAAAUUAGGCGGCUGUUGGGAGGGGGGGGGGGGCGUCUAGGGGGUCUUAAAGUCAUCCAAAUGAACUAUAGUGUAUAUUGAUUAGAUAGCAACACAACUGAGCUGUGGAACCAAAUUAUAAUGUAUCACUACUUUCAUUCUUCAACAACAUAACUUCAGAUUUAAGAUGACAAAUAACUAAAUCGGUUUAUAACGAAAUAGUACGUCGUUUUCGAAAAUAACCAGGCUAUAAAGUAGACGAGGUUGAGGAAAAAUAACUUUGUUUGAAAGCUUCGAGUGGAGGAAGGAGAGCAGAAUUGAUAUUUCAAGUCCUAAACAAAGUAACCGGCGGUGAACCUGGUCCUCGUAGCACCUGCCGGAGCUCCGGCGGCCGCCGGCUUAUUUUUAAAGCUCUGCGCUUCUACCGUUUUUAAAUUUAAUAAAAGUGUUUAAUAUGGCGAAAAUAUUUAGAUAACCAUGCAGUUCUGGUUGUGUGCCAGAGGUUGUGUGCUAUGAGUGACGUCACUCACUGCAUACUAUUAAACUUAAUCAAUUUGCAGUGACGUCGCCCGUAGCACACAACCACAACUGCACUGUUAUCAACACAUUUUCGCCAUAUUACUAGUAAACAGUUUUAUUAAAAGUUAGAAUAUUUUAGUCAAAUAUUUAAACACGCUUAGCUGUUGGGCUGGUUGUGGUUGGAACAAGGAGCACAAUUGCAUAUACAAAACUACAAUCGAUUCCAACUUUUUAGUCCCAUCAAUCCAAUCAUGUUUCAUGCCCAGGCAUGUCAUACUUACACAAUCAUAUACCAACCUAAUUACGGUUUUGAAUUGUUUUGAGUACCCUCAGCUUGGAAAAGUCAUAAGGUCAACAGUAAGUACGCAGAUAGCAAGAGUUCCGCUUACGUAUACGUGGUUGAAAACAAAGAAGUAUACCAGACCGUAAUAUUAGAGCUAUCCAGUAUAAACAAAGUUAGUUUAAUACUGUUCUUUACUCCAUUUUAUUUAGGAUUGUAUUUCCAAAGGUCUACUUUGUAUUCUCCGCAAAUUCUCCAGAAGACAAGGACGUUUGGUUCAAAAACAUUCGACAGCAUAUAGGUCCGGACUGUGAUUGAAAUAUGGCCACUAAAACCAAACGACCUACACACGCAAAAAUCUCGCAUCUUGUAGCAAGUCUGCCAACAAGUUGUGUUCGCACUGCUUGUCCCAAGUUGUCAACAAGUUUGGAACAAGCUGUUAACAACUUGUAACAACCUUGUUGAUAUUAUCAGACUUGUUGCAAGGUUGUUCCAACAAGUCAGAUACAGUCAUGAUAGAACAAUAUUGUUACAACCUUGUGUCGUCAACCUUAUAACAUUCUUGCUAUAUCAUGACCGUAUCAGAGUAAUCAGACUUAUUAUACAUUUAAUAUGUAUUCUCGUUUCAAAUUGGUCAGAAAGCACCGGCUAAUUUUCAGUAUUCGGCAUUUAUUACGUAUUUUCCGCCGAUGACGUCAUCAACGUCCAAUAAUUGUUUUUUUGGAUCGAACUUGCAUCCAAAAAAAAAUAUUAUUGGACUCUCUCGUGCCCAAACCCUUGCGCGGCCAAAAGCUUGAACCUAUAAGUAUAAGCGCGGGAAAAAAACAAACAAUGGCCGACAGGAGAUUUGCUUCGCUGAAUGAAAGUGAACUCUCCAAAUUAUUGGCAGAUAAGGAUAGUGAAAGCACGAAAAAAGCCGCAAAGGGGUAAAUAGAAGUAGAAAUAUAAUAUUUAGCUGACCUUUGACUUUGUGCAAGGUGUUUGAUAUUCAAAUUGCACUUUUCCUACCUCAUGAACAGGAAUCGUCCUAUACGUUUCUCAUGUCUUUAAAUGUAUAAUAAAACAAUUAUUGGAUUCUGCUUUCGCAUGAUAUCAAGAAUUAUUCAGACCUCGGUCUAUGUUAUCCGCCUCAGCUUCGCUUCGGCAGAUAACAUUGACCUCGGUCUGAAUAAUUCUUGAUAUCAUGCUCAGCCUCAUCCAAUAAUUGCUUAUUGUUAGAACAACCUUGUAACAAGUUUGAUAAUGCCAUCAAGCUUAAUUGUUACAAGUUGUUAACUGCUUGUUCCAAACUUGUUACAACAACUGGGAACAAGCAGUGCGAACACAACUUGCCGUCAGCUUGUGAACUUGUCCAUUUUUACGUGUAUAACACGGCCGCGUCAAAUAUUCUACAAAUCAUAGAAAUUCUACAUCGUAUUUCUCAACUCAAAUUAAUGUCCAACUAAAUUAUAUAUCCAUUAUUGCAUUAAUAUAGUAGCUAGGCAGAAGCUUGUUUAGGAAUUACUAAGCUAUAGUCUGGUUCACACUUUAGCUCAAAGCUUCUGUGAUCACGUAGGAAUUUUGCAUAUGUAAGUAUAUUGUAUUUUAGUAUAAACCUACUAGCAGGCUAUCACAUAUCGUGCCUUCUGAUUGGCUACGCUACUAGUAGGCUAUUUAUAGUGAUAGCCUACUAAUAGAAAAUUCAAAAUGGCGGAAAAUUCGUGUUUUGCACUUUUGCCGAAGUGUCUGAUGAUUUUUUGGACGACUUGUUGAACAAUUCUGUACUAAAACCCCCCGAAAAAAGCAACAAAAAUAUGGAAUGGCAAUUUUUAUGGGUAAGAAAAUAGACAAAAUAACAUACACUCAAUGAAAUUUUAAAAUUAAAACUGAAUUUUGACAUUUUGUAAAACAUUUCACGCGAACAAAAACUAAAAUAUUUGUUUACCUUUAAUGGUUUUAUAUUUUUUUUGUGUAUUUUUGUAUUGUGUUUGCAGCCUAUUUGUAAAUUAAUGUUAAAGUUUAUACUAAAACAAUUAGACAACUCGGCCUCGUUGUCUAUGAGCAAAUAGUCAACUCGGCUUCGCCUCGUUGACUAUUCGCUCAUAGACAACUCGGCCUCGUUGUCUAAUUGUUAAGUAGUAUUUUGAAGGAUUUGUAGUGUUUGAAGGAACUGACUCGGUGUUUAAUUUAACACUGAGUCGGUUGCCGCAAACAUUUCUUACAAAUCAGUCCAAAACUUAGAAUUUGCCCAUGCAAAAUUCCUACUGUGAUCACAGAAACUUUGAUAGUGUAAACGAGGCUUAAGAAGGGAAUGGUUAUAUAUCCAUUAAUAUAAUAUGCAGUAUUCCAUUCAAAAACAUGUCACAAGCAGAGACCAUUAAAAUUUGCUAAAUGUCCUUUUUUCAUAGAUAUAACAGCCCUAGGGAAAGUAAUAGAUUUGUACAUAUUGUAUAGAUGAUGAAUUUUAACACUAAAUAUAUAUAUUGGAUAUUUGUAUUUUAAUUUUUUGUUGCUCUAACAACUUGUGUAUGAACUAAGUUGAACUUAUGGCUUAUGCUUUAUGGUCUGAGCUAUUUAGCUUAGCUUAUAAAGACUGGGGAGGGUAGUAGCUUGUGGCACUGUCAGAACUAAACUACCUGCAUUUGUGCUGGAAAGCUCCAUCAUUCCUAAACUGUUUUCCCUAGUCCUAGAGGUCCAGUAAGCCGGAUCAUGGCUUUUUAGUUUGAUAAGAAAUAAUUAUGAAUAGAAUUUUUAAUUUAGAUGUUAUAUGAUAUGAAAUAAGAAAACUAAAGCCUCUUAUUUAUAAUAUACAUGCAAGAGUACAAUUCACUUAUGACUAUUCACUAACAUUUCCACAAUUGUUUAAGCUAAGAUGCCCUAUAUACAUUCAUGCAAACUGCAUUCAACAGGCGUAACACACAACAGUAUAUAUAAAUUUACACAAAAUAUGCUAUUUUUCAGAUUUAUCAGUCUUGUCAUUUUUGUCCGUCUUUUUUCGCUGUCUUUCUUGACUGCAUUUUGGACAGUACCUGGAGAGGAUAUUAGAAAAACACAUGAAGCUAUAGUUUCUCAAAUAAGUAUUUUAUGUUUAACAUUUAGCAUUAAUUACCAUUUUCCUUUGGGUUUCGAAGUUAAAUUAACACAUUGGAAAUGGAACCACUCAAUUGCACACUAAAAAUAUAUAAUAAUUGAACAGUUAACAGCAAAGU